UCAUUUUGUUCAAGGGGAGGUGCCAGCCGCAAGAAAAAAAUAGAUUGUUGGCUUCAAAAAUUUGCAAAAAGAGGUGAAUUUGCUCCAGACAAUACACAACUUCCGAGAUAUCAGCUCUUCUGUGAUGGAGGUACGUUCAGUGUUCUGUUGAACGCUUGGGCCCCAGCAGAUAAGAUGGAGGAACCAGCACAGUGUGAUACAGAAACUGAAAGAAAACUCGAUGAUGUCAUUUGCAGCAGUGACUUCAAAAACACCUGCAGUUACAGCUCUCUUCAGAGUGAUGUUGCGGAUUUAUUUACUUCUGUACAGGAAAUGAUUGAUUUGCCAGAUUUCCUUAAACACAUUAGCGAAGAGGCCUAUAUGGAAAAAUUGAAGGACAUCGAUAAACAAUUAGAAUCCAGGAAGAAUGAUUUGAUGAAGACGGACUGUGCUAUUGUUGUCGCAGGGGAAACAAGUGCGGGAAAAUCCAGUGUUAUAAACUUGAUCAUCGGGGACGACACCUUGCCCACGGAUAUCAUGGCUACUACAUCCAGAAUUUGCAGAAUGAAAUACUUGGACAAAUUACAAAUAUCAACGUGUGACAGCGAUGAUAGACAGAUAGAAGUAACCGAGUGUGAUGACAAAGACGAUAUGGCAAAUAAAUUGUCAGAACUAGCCACAACAAAGGAUGAGAAAAUAAAAUACAUUGACGUUUGGCUUCCAGUUGAAAUAUUGAGGGGUAACGUAGUUAUAGUGGAUACACCGGGAAUAGGAGAUAAAGAUCAAGAAAAUGUGGCCAAAAUGAUGAUGGACUACAUACCUAAUGCCCUGGCCUUCGUCUUUGUUGUUAAUGUGGCAAGUGCUGGAGGCCUACAGAGUGAUCGACUUGUGCGAAUAUUGGAGCGUGUGAGAGGAUCCCUGAAUCAAAUGCAUAGCUUCGAUCCUAAAGAUACAAUCUUUUUACUGAACAAGUGGGAUACAUUGAGCAAAAAACAAAAGAAAGUAGACCUGUUUGAGAAGAUGAAAACAAAAUUGCACGAGAUAUGGAAAGAUGUAGAAGACGAUUGUAUUCUUAAAUUUGUAGCGACCGAUGUUGAAGGCAAAGAAGUGUAUCAGGAAGAAUUAGUCCAAUUCCAACAGAUCUUGAAAAGCAUUAUCACAAAAAAUGAAAACAAACGGAUAAAAGUACACAUUGAAUUUAUCAGAUCCUUUAUAGAAGAAUGUGAUGUAGUUUUGGCCAGCAAAAUAAAUUGUGCAAGAAAAAGCACAGGAGAAAAUAUCAAAGCCUUUGAUAAACUCACGAAGGAACUGCAGGACAUGGGACGAAAAAGACAGGAGGCUUUAGAAAAUCUUCAGCAAAAUGUGGAUGACUUUCUUGAAGAAACGACAAAGGCUCUCCAUGGAUACAUUCAUAGCCCAGAGUUCAAAACAGAAAUUUUACAAGGCAUUGGAAAGUAUAUCAGGAUUAAAAUUGGAAGCGAAAUAGAUUCUCGAAUUGAGAAAAAAACAUAUAUUUGGCAACGGGCAAACAUUGAAGAAAUGUUUAAAAGAGAUGUCAUGGAAAAGAUUACGGAACAAUUUACCAUCAUUCAUGAAUCGCUUCAUAAGAUUACAGAGAAGAUGAAAGGAUUUACUUCCCCCUUUGAUGUCGAAAAAAAAAUCGUCUCUACUCUUGUUUCCUUCUUUGCUCCCAGUGCACCAGCCGUUGCAGGAGGUUUCCUAAUGACACAGAUGUCAGUAAAUCGUAAUGCUGCAAUAGCGGUGGCUGCAACAGGACUUGUGAGUGGUGUAUUGUUUUCAGGACUAGUUGCGCUUGAGGUUCUGGAUGACCUUGACACCACUAUUGAGAAUGCUUACAAUGCCAGAGUAGGGAGAUUGACAACUGAAAAAAUCAAACAGGCUUUAACCAACACGUACGCCACAGGACUCAAAAAUAUAAUACAAAGUUUUCUAGAGGGAGAUUUGAAAGAGAAGAUUGAUAACCUGGUAAAGACUGUUGCAUCAAUGAGAAAGAAAGUAGAUUAUUUCCAAAAAGAGGAAUCCAAUUUGAUUUGUCUGAGUUCUGAAAUUUCAAAAAUUAGAAACCGACUCAAAGAGCUAGAAAACACCGAAGUAAAAAUGGACUGAAUUGUGGAAGAUAACUGAGUCUUGUAAACAAUUGCAAUCGUGGGAUCUUUCCGAAAAUCUUGUGAAAAUGAAAGGAAAUACCAUCAUUACUCUUUCCAUAUGUGUACGGAGUGUGAUAACUCUUGUAAAGAGGAAAUCCAUUACAUAUCUUAUUAUAAUGCAUUUUAUCCAUAAUAUAUAUCAUAUAUAUCCUAUAAAUCCCCGUAAAUUUCUUAAUUGUGAAGAAAUUUAUAUAUAGACGAAUCCAUUAUCCUAUUGCUAUUCCAUAAUUAACAUUGAUCUUCAUUUUUUAGCAUAAGAAGUCUAAAAAUCAAUAUCUAAUAAUGACAGCAAGGUCUGAUACUUGACAAUUUAGGAUAGGGUACAUAGUGGAUGCCUCGAACAAAUAAAUUUUUAUUCCUUUGUUGAAAUUGACAGACUAAAAUGCUCAUUGCUAUCUGCUUGCAUUGCAAUGGUAAUCUUUGUCAAACAUUUCUAUGGUAAUGAAACAUUUAUGACGACUGAGUCAUGCUAUUUUGAUAUAUAGUGCCCUUUCUUCUGACCAUCUCAUAGUUUGCGUGUGUGUAACUUCUUAGCGCCAUUCGCGAAAUUGUAUUGUAAUCCAGCAGCAUACCAAAAGCUAAUAAGUAACCGACACCAACUCCACCCACAUUAUUGAUCUUUGAUACAUUUGAACCUUCAUGUUAUAAGAUGCAAUGCUCAUACAAUUUUUGUGACUACCUUGGGAUGGCGAAUGCUCCCAAUCUUGUACAGUUUUUGUGAAUUUUAAUUGGCUUAUGCGUAUACUUUGCUUUAUGAAAAUAUUUCUUUUAUGACGUGACAUUUUUUCGGAUUAUUGCAGGUGUUGUGCCAUCGCUUUUGCUCAGAGCUGUUGAUGUUUUUUUUUCUCUGUGUGGAUGUCACGUUACCUCUCUUCUGUCAUAUUUCAUCAGGCUUGGAUUUGUCGAAAAAAUCUCAAACUUAAGUUUGAGUUUUCUUUCAUUUGAGCAGUGAAAAUGUAUGUAAAAUCUCAGACAUAAGUCGAAGUUUCGACUUAACUUUCUUUCGAGAAAUUCAGUCUUGAUAUGGUAUUCAAGAAAUGUUAUAUCAGACGUAAAACGAGUGAUGAUUGGGUGGGUGAUCAAUUUUAAGACCAGCCAGUGAUAGAUAUUCAUCAUAGAUAUAUGGAUAUUUAUAAAACGUUGUUAGUGGUAUAUUUGUAAAGCGUCAUCUGAUGUUCCUGGAGAACGAUGAGCAAACAAUUUUCUUUGACAGUUUAGAGUGGAACAUAUCACUGGUGUUGCGUAAAUUUUGCAACAUUUGUGAGUUUUUUCCUUAACCAGGGCACAAUAUAUAUGCUUACCAUUAACCUUAGUAAGAAUAAAGACAUUGAAAUAUU